GCUAGACCCAGACGGUAUAAAAGCCAGGAGAAUCGGACAGGCAGGAUUCAGGGUUCACUCGCUCAACCUUGCUCCAAAGUCCCCAAUGUACUUCCAAACUCUGACCUCGUUCGUCAUCGCUGCCUUCACCAUCGGUGCUGUCGCGUCGCCGACUCCCGAGGUCAGCACGAAGAUGACCGUCGCUGAGAUGAAGAACUGGGUCGCGACCACCGACUCGGAACUGACCUUCGUCGGCGAUAUCAACGAGCUCGGCGUGAACCCGUUCGUGACCACCGUCACGUUCUGCUCGACCCGUACCAACCAGCUCUGCUCGGGCCCGUGCACCGUGUUCACCGGAAGCUCGCAGUGCAUCCAUGCGCCGAACACCAACUGCCUCUCGGCGACGAACGACGUUGCGUUCUGCGACGAUUCGAACUGCCGUGGCAGCUGCAACGAGUUCUUCUCUUGCGGCACCAAGUUGAGCAACAACUUCUGCUUCACCCCGGGCACGAACUCGAUUUCCCUCGGGUCCCAGUAAAUACCGGCGAUCUGAUCCAAAUGUUGGAGAAUCCUGGAAAUUGUUUUGAAAGUUGUGAGAUUACUCGAGCCGCUUGUACUAUCUCUGUGAAUGAAUUGCGUCCUACUCAAAUGGUUGAGAUGCCGAUGAUAAAUCAGGAUAACGAAAUCGCUUCAACAGGCCGCCGAUUCUCCCUGAGAUGUCAGGAAACCGUCCAGAGCUGUCCGGGCCAUCAUCAUGUCCACCGCAUCGACAGAUGUGUCAAGCGCUGCCGGGCUACGAUCGCCGCCGUCCUCUUCCUCAGUCGGCAGAACAGUCUCGUCGUCCCAAAAGCUGCCCGUGACGACACUCAGCACCAUCUGCGCCGAGCUCCCAUUCGCGACGACACUCUGCACAAGCGAGACCCGGUCUGGGUUCUCCCGCGCCCGGUCGAACAGUGCGUCGCUGCGCGCUUCAGCGUUGGCCGAUGCGAUGGGAGAUGUCUCGACGAUUUCCGCCUUGUCGAGUGUGAGCACCGAGUACGCCGGUGGGUUGCGCGUGUAGUCUAUCCGGACAACAAGAGGCAUAUGGUGUCGCGCAUCGCGCGUGGAGAGGUGAUGGAAGAACGCAGAGUCGCCUUUGCUGAUGGCCUGUGCUUUUCCCUCUGCGAUGAUCUCAGCACGCAAAAUCGGCGGAGAGACAGAGGUGACACACCCAGCCGUUCCUGCUGCUUGAGC